AACCCCUUGUUCCUGCUCCGGCAGAUGCGGGGUAUUAAUUAUGGCAGAUCGCUUCUCGGCUUCUCGCGGCAUCAACUUAAUGGGCCGAUUUGACGAUUUGACGAAAAAAAACGAUCCUGCUGAGGGCGUGUAGGCAGACUUUAACGAACUAACGAUCUUAGACAACUCGCACCUCAGCAAGAUCCCUGGUGUGUGUGUGCCCAUAAUGCCGGAAACUCAGUUCAACGCAGAUGAUCGUCUCCGGAACCGGAAGCCGAUUCCAGCGCCGGUGCCCGCCUAUCUUCCCACAGCCGGAUCACCGCUGACGGUCGAUACGGAGCUCUAUUCAUCCAUCCAACAGGCCCCCCGCGUCUUGGUCGAGGAAUUCACGCUCCCAAUUCGGUCCGGCAAGGCCUGGAAAGCGGAAGCAGGAAGCAUCAUCCGGAUCAGCACUCCCGUAGGACCACAGGUGGGAGAUCUGAAUAUCUGGAAUGCCCACAACCCUCGCGAGCGUUUUUGGGCAUCACGAACCCGGCAGCUCCAUGCAAGCCACGUGUCGACCUACGACAGGUUGUGGUCGUGCUUGCCCUACAUGCGACCGCUGGUUACAAUCAUCUCGGACACUCUGGCCUGGUACGGCGAGGACGAGCACGGCGGCCGCGUCCACGACCUGCUCGGCACUCGUUGCGACCCCUACAUCAACUCGGUCUUGAGCGGCGGGCAGUACGAUUUCCACUGCCACUCCAACCUGACCCGUGCGGUGCUUCCGUUUGGGCUCUCGGAAUCGGAUGUCCACGACGUCAUAAACAUCUUUCAAGUGACGGGCUUGGACGCCAAGGGGAGAUACUUCAUGAACCCUUGUCCAGCAGAGAGCGGGGACCACAUUGAGUUUCUAGCAGAGCAAGACGUCUUGAUGGCUUUGAGUACGUUGUCCAUUCGACCACGGCACCGGUGUCAUGGUAUUAUCUGACUAAACAUCUUCAUAACUAGGUGCCUGCCCUGGAGGAGAUUUAUCGUUGUGGGGAUUUGGCGACGCUAGUGAGAAGGAAAUGGUGAAGUGUUGUCGUCCGCUCAAGGUCGAGGUGUUCCGCCUUGCGGAUGGCGACUUCUUGCAAAAGGCUGGUUGGCGGCCAGCCGAACCUUCAAAAUAUCAUGGGAUGCAUGGCAUGGUCGUUGUCGAGGGCGAGCCCGAGCUUACAAAGUAAAUAUCGGGCCUCAAACUAUGGCCAGAAGAGGCAAUC